UUUGCAAUAGUGUGGUGCGGGCGGCAUGGGCAUAGCGAAAGAGUGCUGCGGUACGCCGAAGAAAAUGGUAAAAGCAUGAUCGGCAUCAUAGGCAUGUGUCUGUGAUCUUCGCAUUUGUAGCCGAUUUCGGAGCCAAACCCGGGGACCAACAACGGAUUCUUGGUCAACCUCAAUCAAGAAAAACAGCAAGAUUGUGAAAGGACAAAAAUUUUAGAAAAAAUUUUAAACAAAAACAAAAGAAAGAGACACCCUGCCUGCCUGUUGCCUGUUGCCUGUUGCUUUCCAUUCCUGCCAAAUCUAUCGCCUCAUCAUCAUCGCGGAUAAAGCAACAACAAAAGAGACAGACGCACGUUUCUUCAAAUCAAUCAAUUUGUACAUACAGAGCAGAGAUACCGACCCAAUUCUGGGUCUUCAUGAUUGUUUUUGACAACAAUUUGUUUCUUCUUCUUCUCCUUGUUCCUGCCAAUGUAACAGCGCUCCUCUUGGCCAAGCCUUUCCCGACCUCAUUUCUGAAAAAUCUGACACGUGGUACGGGCAAUAGCAGAGGUUUCCGUUUUCGUAGGGCGUGUGUAGAGUGCAGAAAUGUUUGGUGGUUUUCUUCUGAAUCUCUCAUUGGGGAAAGAAAUGAAGAUUGAUCUGGGUUAAAUAAGAAUAAAGGGGGUUAGUAAUAUAGAAGAGGAUUGAUAGAUAGGAGCGUGGGUUAGUUGGCGGAGAGAAUGAGCAAAGAAUUCGGUGGCAUUGUGAGGGCCUGGGAAAUGACAUUAAGGAAAUCACAAGCAGCUGCAAAGAGAAGGGCAAAUGGCAUUUUUUCGACAAUGUCGGUGUCCCAUGUGGAUGAUGACCUUGAUGUUCCUGGGGAUGUCUACCACGUUGAGAAAGUUUUCUCCCAUGGAGACAUGUAUACAGGGCAGUGGUCAGACAACUGCCCCAAUGGGCAGGGCAAGUACCUGUGGUCUGAUGGGUGUAUGUAUAUUGGGGACUGGGUAGGUGGCAAGACCAUGGGCAAGGGGAAGUUCAGUUGGCCAUCUGGAACCACCUAUGAUGGCCAAUUCAAGAACGGCUACAUCGAUGGCGAGGGCCUUUUCACUGGCUGCUCCAAUGACACCUACAAAGGCUCAUGGGCUUUCAACAUGAAACAUGGUAAGGGCUCCAGGAAUUUCCCCAAUGGGGAUUGCUAUACUGGGGAAUGGCGCCGUGGGCUGCCAGAUGGGCAGGGAAGGUACCAGUGGCCCAAUGGGAAUCAGUACAUUGGACAAUGGAAGAAUGGGAAGAUGAAUGGCAAUGGGGUAAUGCUGUGGGCAAAUGGGAAUAAGUAUGAUGGAUGCUGGGAAGAUGGAGAGCCUAAAGGAAAUGGUGCGUUUCGAUGGGAGGAUGGAAGUUUCUAUAUGGGUGUCUGGAGUAGGGACCCUAACGAGCAGAGUGGGACGUUUUACACUUCGGAUUCAAAACCGGGUAGUUCUAACUGGGAUCCUCGAGAAUUGUAUUCAGUUCAUUUGAAGGAAUGUAAGCUAGCUACUGGAGAAGAGAUAACUGUGUUUCCUUCAGAAAAGAUGAUAAACUGGCCUUGUGAAGGGGAGUUCUUGCAGAAGCAGCUCAUAGGGAAGGUUAAUAAAAUGAAGAUAAAGCCUAGACGGAAGUCUGUGGACGGGAGGCUCAGCGAUGGAGAGGGCUUUAAUAUUGACACUGAUUCUGAUAUGCGUUCAGAUAUUGUUUUUGGACAAUGUGUAUCACAAAGAAGUGAAGGGCUUGAUAGUUUUAAUGGUAAUGAUCCAGAUGCUCCAAGGGGGUUGAGAUCCCAUUGCUUCAAAAUCCAACCAGCAAAGACUCAGGGAGAAACAAUAUCUAAAGAUCAUAAGAAUUAUGAGCUUAUGCUCAAUUUGCAGCUAGGAAUAAGACAUUCUGUAGGAAGGCCUGCUCCAGCUACAUCACUUGAUCUGAAAGCUACCGCUUUCGAUCCAAAGGAAAAGGUAUGGACAAGAUUUCCUCCAGAAGGAUCAAAGCACACUCCCCCUCAUCAAUCAUGUGAUUUUAGAUGGAAGGAUUACUGCCCACUGGUUUUCAGGACAUUAAGAAAAUUGUUUAAGGUGGAUCCAGCAGAUUACAUGAUAUCCAUAUGUGGCAAUGAUGCCCUUCGCGAGCUCUCUUCCCCUGGGAAAAGUGGAAGCUUCUUUUACUUGACCAAUGAUGACAAAUACAUGAUAAAAACCAUGAAGAAAUCAGAAGUAAAAGUGUUCAUACGAAUGCUUCCUGCUUAUUACAAUCAUGUCCGUUCCUUUGAAAAUACUUUGGUUACCAAAUUCUUUGGCCUUCACUGUGUGAAGAUGAUAGGACCUGCUCAAAAGAAGGUGCGGUUUGUUAUCAUGGGGAAUCUGUUCUGUAGUGAUUUUGCCAUUCACAGACGCUACGACUUAAAAGGUUCUUCACUUGGCCGCUUGACUGAUAAACCUGAAUCUGAAAUUGAUUCUACUACCACUCUCAAGGAUCUAGAUCUCAAUUUAAUAUUUCGGCUGCAUAAAGUUUGGUAUGAAGAGUUCUGCAGGCAAGUGGACCAUGACUGCGAUUUCCUGGAACAGGAGAGAAUUAUGGAUUACAGUCUAUUGGUUGGUGUGCACUUUAAGGAAGUUUCGAGUUCUGGGGAGCCAGUUAUAAUUGAAGGUCAUACAGCCGGAGAAAGUGGAGAUUUGGAGUGUGAAGGAGGAGCCUGUCGACUUUCUAGCGCAGACACAGGCUCUUCACGGCAUCUAUCGGGUAGUUUAGGUAUCAGCAUGGCAGCAAAGGCGGAAUUAACAGUGAGGAGAAGUGACGAGGUGCUAGUUGGAGAACCUACAGGGCAGUACUAUGAUGUCAUUCUGUUCUUUGGUAUAAUCGAUAUUCUACAAGACUAUGACAUAAGCAAGAAGCUUGAGCACGCAUACAAGUCGUUCCAAUACGACCCCACUUCAAUCUCCGCUGUCGACCCGAGGCAGUACUCGCAGCGCUUUAAGAAUUUCGUACUCAAAGCUUUUGCAGACGACAAUUUUAGCUAGCUAUCAACUUAAUUUCAGUUCCCGUCAGUCCAAGCUGGCAGGCCUCGAUGCGUGGAUCGUUGGUCCUCGGUGACAUGACAGUGCUUCUUUAGGCCACAAAGCUCGGAAGAAACUCGGCUUCUAAAGGUGGAUCCUUGUACCACACUCGCUAAAACAGGUGCAUGGCGUUGCAAGUUUCAUCUCCUUUUAUGUUUUCAAGUCACCGGGCGUGUUGUUGUACUUGCAUAUAAGCCAGGAGUAUAUAUAGUUUAGCAGUGUGAACAGAAGCCCCCCCACCCCCACCCACCCACCCCCAGGCAUGUCACACUUCAACCUGCUGGCUGCAAUUGUACAUGAAAGAAAGUAGAAUGGAGUUGAGGUUAGGUUUUUGUUUAUUUAUAUUAUGCUGUCAUUGUAACCCAUUCUUUGCUCCAGGGAGUGAGUGAUCUGAUCAGUCUGGGAGCCAAACAUAACUGUAUAGAAGAAGCCUAAGAACUAACAGUGAUGAUAUAUAUUCACCAUUUGAGCAAAAUAUAUAUUACAUCUCUUCAAAUGUUCUAUCCAUCCAUUUUUAGCUUUAA